GGAAACGAUGCGGAGGGAGUCUUUUGAAAUAGGAAGACGGAGCACCGUGUAUCUUUACGGACUGAGAGAGGAGCUGAAGUGUUACUAGGGCGGAAAAUGGACAAGUUGCUGAAAUAAGUUGAUCCAUUUGCUGGUUUUUUGAAAACCAAAAACUUCUCGAUACAAGAUUUCGUGCGUUUAGGUGAGGGAAAUAAUGCAGAUCGCGAAUGCUGAAGACUAAGAAGCUAUAGGUACAAUAUAACCUCAUCUAUCUCAAUUCAAACCAAACAUGUCACCAUCCGCAAUUUCUGGGCCUGGAAAUGGCACCACCCUUACCACUCAGUCCAACACCUCGCCAUUCCAAGAUCCCCGUCCAUACUCAGGCCGGGUAGCACUCAUCACUGGUUCAGGUCGAGGAAUCGGUAAGGGAAUGGCCCUUGAACUUGCGUCAAAGGGAGCCUCUGUUAUAAUCAACUACGCCAAGUCUUCUUCAGCUGCUCAAUCUGUUGUGGAAGAAAUCCUCAAGCUUGGCAGCAAAGCCAUUGCUCUCCAAGCAGAUGUAUCUAAGCCCGCCGAGAUCGUCCAGCUUUUCGACAAAGCUAUUGCACAUUUCGGAAGAUUGGAUUUCGUCAUCUCCAACUCCGGUACCGAGGUCUGGAGUAAGGAGGAAGAUGUCACCGAAGAGGAUUUCAACUACAUUUUCAACCUUAACUGCAGAGGACAAUUCUUCGUCGCUCAACAGGGACUUAAACAUCUCACUCGUGGUGGAAGAAUUAUUCUCAUGUCCUCCAUCGCGGCCUCUAUGAGUGGCAUUCCAAACCAUGCUCUUUAUGCUGGCUCCAAGGCUGCCGUUGAAGGAUUCGCUCGCUCGUUUGCUGUGGAUUGCGGGGAAAAGGGCGUCACUGUAAAUGCGAUUGCGCCGGGUGGAAUCAAGACCGAGAUGUUUGAUGCAAAUGCUUGGCAUUAUGUACCAAACGGUUACCCAGAAAUGAGUAUGGAGGUUAUCGAACAGGGUAUCGCGAAAUUCUGCCCUUUGAAAAGAUGCGGUGUCCCAAGUGAUAUUGCCAAAGCCGUUGCGCUUUUGGUCAGUCCCGAUGCGGAAUGGAUCAAUGGUAUGUUUAGACUCCAGUGUGUGGUUGCUCUUACUAACUCGCCAACAGGUCAAGUUAUCAGGCUUAGUGGAGGUGGAGUUUAGAGCGUUACCAUAGAUUUUGGUGCCUGGUAUUGGUCUAUCGUGUAGUGUAUCGGAGAAAGGUACUUUAGAUUAUACAUAUCCGUAUAAGUC